AAAUUUCCUUUAAAGAAAACAAUUUAUUUAUACAGAGAAAAAACGGAAAACUUUUGUUUUUUGUAACAUUGUAGAUCGAACUUGGCGCUUCUUUGCUUUCUUGAAUCCGAAGAACCGAGCUAAGUACAAGAAGCUGUGGAACAUGUCGAUGCGAAGAAGAAGUUUGCUUAAGGUUAUUGUCCUUGGAGACAGCGGGGUUGGCAAAACAUCGUUGAUGAAUCAAUAUGUAAAUAAUAAGUUUAGUCAACAGUACAAAGCCACGAUUGGAGCUGAUUUUGUCACCAAGGAGCUUCAAAUCGAUGACAGGCUCGUCACACUCCAAAUUUGGGACACUGCUGGGCAAGAGAGGUUCCAGAGUCUUGGUGUUGCUUUCUAUAGAGGUGCAGAUUGUUGUGUGCUUGUUUAUGAUGUUAACUACCUCAAGUCAUUUGAUUCUCUGGACAAUUGGCACGAGGAGUUUCUUAAGCAGGCUAGCCCACGGGAUCCAACCGCGUUCCCGUUCAUAUUGCUUGGUAACAAGAUUGAUAUUGAUGGAGGAAACAGUCGAGUGGUAUCAGAGAAGAAAGCUAGAGAAUGGUGUGCUCAAAAGGGAAACAUAUGCUAUUACGAGACAUCUGCUAAAGAAGAUUACAACGUAGAUGAAUCGUUCUUGUGCAUCACAAAACUUGCCCUUGCCAAUGAGCGCGACCAAGAUAUAUAUUUUCAGGGGAUUCCAGAGUCUGGUUCAGAGCCUGAGCAAAGAGGAGGAUGUGCUUGCUGAAGAAAAACAUCUGUCUUAGCUAUGUUUGAUUUGUGCCAUUAGUCAUGUUUGUUCUCUCGUUCUCAGCUUUGGCACGAGCCUGGUCGUUGUCGUGCAGCUAUUCCGUCUCUCUUCUGAUCUAAAACCUAAAAAGAACGUUAGUCUAAGACGAUAGAUUAAUAUAGAUACUAAAAUGUAGCUUAUCAAAUAUCAACAUACUUCUUAUAAUUCUUGUUACAUUUUUUAAA